UGGCAAAGUGCCUCCCUCAUGUGGAAACCUUAGUAACGAAAAUAGACAUUUCCUACGUUACCCAUAAUGCCUAGCUUAUCGACGUCACCGAUGCCGGAACAGGAAGUGUAAACUUACUCGACUAAGCUAGCGUUUUGGCUGAUUUUUGUGUGUUUAAGAGAUGAGCUGCUCGCUGGAGAAGGUGCUGACAGACGCCAGGUCUCUGGUGGAGCGGCUCCGGGAUCACGACAACGCCGCCGAGAUCCUGAUAGAGCAAACCACUGUGCUGAACAAACGCGUGGAGGCCAUGAAGCAGUAUCAGGAAGAGAUCGAGGCACUUAACCAGGUGGCGAGGCAUCGUCCACGCUCUACUCUGGUAAUGGGUAUUCAGCAGGAAAACCGGCAAAUACGGGAACUGCAGCAGGAGAACAAAGAGUUGCGUACUUCUUUAGAAGAGCACCAGUCAGCGCUGGAGCUGAUCAUGAGCAAGUACAGAGAGCAGGUGUUCCGCCUCCUCAUGGCCAGCAAGAGAGACGACCCGGCGAUUGUCACGCAGCUCAAAGAGCAGCACACUAAUGAGAUGCAGGCGCACAUAGACAAAAUAAACGAGAUGGCCACAGUGAUGAAGAAGGCCAUUGAAGUAGACGAAGGCCGUGCAUGUGAAGACGAGGAGCGGAUCAAACAGCUGGAGUUGGAGAACAGAGGCCUGAGGGAGUUGUUGGGGAUUAGUCGAGAGGCGUUCCUGGUGCUGAGGAGAGAAGAGCGAGACGACGCGUCUGACAGCACCUCUCUGUCUCCACUCGUCACCAGCAGUGACCUCAGCCUGAGGAAGAGCUAGAGUGGGUUUUCUUCCCCGAACAACGGACUUUGCCUAACACUCAUUUCAAACACACACACACACACACACACACACACACACACACACACACACACUCGCAUCGAAGAGACUCUCAGCACGGCCUGUUCACGUUCCUGCAUGUCUCAGUAGUUCUGUGCAGACACGACGUCAGGCGUCACCACUACACCCAGAACUGCUGUAACAUGCGAGUGUGGGAGGUUGCCCUUGAUUACGUUGCCCUUGAUCAUGUUGCCGUUAUUGAGUUAUAAAGUGAAUGUACAUACUCAUUUCCCCUGCGGUGUAAAUAACGGACUCGCCACAGCUGUCAUGAGAAGAACCGCCACUUUGUCCAAGCGCUGUAAAUAUAUAUCGCAGUCAGUGGCCACAUGUCACGUGUGAUGAUGAUGUAAAAUUCGUUCUGAAGUCUGUUCUGCUUGUUUUUAGGGCUGCCUUGAGACAUGGUGCUUUAAAGUGUUGAGUGCGCGAAAGACAGAUUUAUUGAAAUAUUGAAUAAAAAUGGCAUUUAUAUUAUA